AUGGUCGGUGUUGCGGGAAAGUCCAACGCCUGCAAAACCUGCAAGAAGCGGAAGGUUCGGUGUGAAGGAGAAAAGCCCAUCUGCAUUCGAUGUAGAAAAGGAGGGCGUGUUUGUGAAGGCUAUGAACGAGUUCGCCAGUUCAAGCACCUCAGUGCCUUGGAUCACGAGUCUCUCCUCGCUCGCAACCAGCCGUUGACUUCACAAACGGAACUGUCAUGCAUGAUCCACGAUCACUUCGACGCGGCUGAGGCGACCAAGAACACUCCCGACCUUGCGAAAUUGGCAGAGCAUGACCCUCCAAAUCCAGCAACAGAUGUAUCACAGGUACCGGACUCAUCCCCCGACCUGCUGUUCAACUCCAUCCCCGAAGAAGUUCGGAAAAACAUCAGCUAUGGAGGUCCCGGAUCGUGGUUACAAGCCAUCGGUCAACUGCGAAGGAAGAACACUCUGCUUUAUCUUGCCAUGUCUGCACUAAGUAUGGUGCGUCUAGGUCGAGUCCUCGGCAGCGAGCGUAUCUACAGUGAUGGAGUGGCAAAGUACGGCAGAGUCUUGAAAGAUCUCCAACACAUUCUUGCCAGUGACAGUCUCGUUAUGGAGGAGCAAAAUCUGGCAAGCUGUAUGACUCUGACCAUUUUUGAGGCGAUGGAGCCUUCGGUCGGUAGUAUCUGCGGGUGGGCAAGCCAUGUUGGGGGUAUCUCAAGGCUGUUCGAGCUUCGUGGUCCAAGACUGCAUGUUGAUGGCCUGGGUCAUCAGCUGUUUUUGGGCUUUCGAGCCACUGCCGUCAUCCACGCACUGGCUCUACGGAAGCCGACGUAUCUAGGCCAGUCCGAAUGGCUUACCAUACCCUGGAAUACACAACCCAAACCAGAGUUCCACCAUCUGCUAGACAUAAUGACGCAAAUUCCGACGUUCAUUGACCAGGCAGAGCAGGUCCACCAUGAUCCACAAUCCAAUCUGACUAGAGCACAGAGAUUAGUGCUUCUAGAUCAAGGAUGGGGAUUAUACCUACAACUCAAAGAUUGGUAUCGACAACUUGAAUCAAGGCAUUCCGAUUCCCUCUACACCGAACAGCCUUCCUCGCUCUCAUGCCCAAAUCCACUCCCUACAUACCUUGAAGAUAUUUUCCCAACAUUCUUCAAUUUCCAGACCUUUGAGGUCGCUCGGAUGCAUCUCUUUUACUGGACGUCACUUCUUCUGCUCUAUGACAACAUCCUGAAAAUCAUACCACUCUCUCUGUCCCCCGAAGAAAUUAACCUUGCCACUUCCACGAUCUCUCCCACUACUUUACCCACGACCGACAGAGCCGCAAUUUUGGGAUCAGCUGUGGAUGUCGCUCAAAGAAUCGCUCGAUCCAUGGAAUUCCUGCUGUCCGAAGAAAAGUUCUCGCUCUCAGAAGAGAUGCACAUUCGUGGACUACUGAACACCUUGUUUCCCUUACGAACCGCGAUACAUGUAUUCUCCACUGUCAAGCAAUACAGGCCGGAGGCGUGGUGUCGUGCGGUCUUUGAUGGACUUGCUCAACGAGGAUAUCCCUUCGGGCAGACCCUGUGCGGCUGGAAAUGGGAUGAUAUACCUUUGUUUUUGUCUGGGAGACCUCCAGUUUAG